GGCCAGUGUGUGUGUGUGUGUGUGUGUGUGUGUGUGCUCAGUCAGGCAUCAGAUUGUUGGGUCUGUGAUAUUGAGCUGAUGUUCAGUGCACAACUGGAGUCAGUACAGAAAGUGUUCCACACAGGAGACAUGUGGAUACUCUCUAUUGCAUAAAAGGCAAGGUUGGACAUGAAUGAAAGCAUGGCCAAAGUGUGUUUUCUGUGCCUGUUGCUUUGGCUGCUUGUACCUGCGGCCAGAUGCCAGAACAGAAGACAGUCUGGAGAAACACUGAACAACCUCUCCACAAAACUGGACAAUGAGUUAGAAUGUCAACUAGAGAUCGCAUUCAUCCUGGACAGCUCAGAGAGUGCGAAGAGCUUUUUGUUUGAUCAACAGAAAGCAUUCGUGCGCUCCUUCAGCAGGCAGGUGGUGCAGAUGCAGGUGUCUGACUGGCAUCUGAAGACUCGUUUGGCGCUCAUCUACUACAGCAGCUCAGUGCAUAUUGACCAACGCUUCAGGGACUGGCAGGACCUUGACGUGUUUCUGAGCAGAUUGACAGAUGCCAUCUACAUCGGUCAUGGAACAUAUACGACAUAUGCCAUAUCCAACGCCACUCAGCUCUUCACCAGCGAGACCAAGGAGCAGAGUGUUCGGGUGGCUCUGCUCAUGACCGACGGCAGCGAUCAUCCGCGGAAUCCUGACAUCAUGAGGGCGGUCAACGAGGCCAAAGGCCACAACGUUAAGAUCUUCACAAUAAGCUUAUCAUACCUGGCAAAGAACAACGUGAACAGUGCCAAACUACGGGACAUAGCGAGCAGUCCAGCCCAGCAGUACUCCCACAGCCUCACUGACCCCAAACUGAAAGAACGGCUCCUGCAGCAGCUCGAAAUAAUCGCAAAGAAUGAAUGCCCACGACCACCGGUGUGUAUGUGUGAGAAAGGUGAACAGGGUCCUCCAGGAGCUCCUGGUAAAAAAGGAGAUCAAGGUUAUGAAGGAUCGCCUGGUCAAAAAGGCUCAAGGGGGGAAACAGGAGCACCUGGUCUUCCAGGAAUCAACGGUCCAGAGGGAAGACCUGGGUUCAAAGGUGAUAAGGGGGUUCAAGGUAAUUGUGGACCACCAGGGCAAAAGGGACAUAAGGGCGCUGAAGGGCCUCGAGGACUGAGGGGCCCCAGAGGAGAGCAGGGUUUGAAAGGGCCUCCAGGAGACCAGGGGCAUGAGGGUCAAGCAGGACCCAAAGGUGAUCGAGGGCCGGUUGGUGCAUCUGGUCCACCAGGAGAUAUUGGAAUUGGAUUCCCUGGUCCAAAGGGUGACAAAGGAAACCCAGGAAGACCAGGUCCUCUAGGUCAGGUUGGCAUAGGUCAGCCAGGUCUACCUGGUCCUCCAGGUUUACCGGGAUCACAGGGGAACCCAGGAGCUCCAGGUGAAGGACUUCCUGGCCCAAAGGGUGACCGUGGCUAUGUCGGCCCUACUGGCGGACGUGGACCCCCAGGUUAUGGAGUCAAAGGUGAAAAGGGCAAUGCGGGUCCUCCUGGAUCAUCUGGACCAUUAGGAAUGCCUGGCAGGGGAAUUCAAGGAGAGAAAGGGAUUCAGGGACCACCUGGUCUUCCUGGUCAAAAAGGGAUUCCUGGGAUAGGACUCAUGGGUCCAAAGGGAGAACGGGGAUUCCCUGGAGAUCCUGGAGCCACUGGAGAAAGAGGAAUUGGAGAACCAGGACCAAAAGGUGAACCUGGAUUCCAAGGUUUACCAGGUGAACGAGGUGUACCAGGAGAAGAUGGAGCCAUGGGACCAAAGGGUGAUUUAGGCCUGCCAGGGUCCAAAGGACAAGAUGGAGCUCCUGGAAGAGGCCUACCAGGAGAGAAGGGGGAUCGAGGGGACAGGGGCUCCAGAGGCCAACCAGGACCACUGGGACCAGCUGGGCCAAUAGGGGCAAAGGGAAACCCAGGAAAUGUUGGACUUCCAGGUGUUCCUGGGCCUUCAGGAAGAGGCAUACCAGGAGCUAAAGGAGAUCCAGGGCCAGUUGGUCCAGCAGGACCAGCUGGAGAACCAGGGAUAGGCAUUGCAGGACCGAAGGGUGAAAUGGGGUUACGAGGACCCAUUGGACCACCAGGACUGAAGGGAGAAGGCUAUCCUGGCCUACCUGGGCCACCAGGUCUUCCAGGUCUUACAGGAGACACUGGGCCAGAGGGUACAGGUUUACCUGGAUCAAAGGGGGAUCGAGGCCCUCCAGGUCCCGCAGGGCCUGCUGGAGCACCAGGUCUUGGGCAGGUGGGCCCAAAGGGCUCCACUGGUCAGACUGGUCCAGCUGGUCCUCCAGGAUUACCAGGAGAGGGCAUACAAGGACCAAAGGGUGAUCCUGGAUAUCAGGGUAUACAGGGGCCAAGAGGGUCCCCUGGCGAGGGUCUGCCAGGACAGAAGGGGAAUCGUGGGUUACCAGGAGCACAAGGACGCAAAGGGGACAGAGGAAGCCCUGGAGAACCAGGAUUUACAGGACCCCCGGGUAAUUCAGGAACAAAAGGAGAACCUGGUCUCACGAGAGAGGAAAUAAUCACUCUAAUCAGAUCUAUUUGUGGUUGUGGCCGGAGAUGCAGAGUAAAACCUCUUGAGCUGGUGUUUGUGAUUGACAGCUCUGAGAGCGUCGGCCCGGAAAACUUUGAAGUCAUCAAAGACUUUGUGAAUACCUUGAUCGACCGCGUGUCAGUCGGUCAGAACGUGACGCGUGUAGGGGUCGUUCUCUACAGCCACAUUAACCUGGUGGUCACACGCAUACAAGACAGGUUAACUAGUGAUGAAGUGAAAGCAGCUGUGCGCAGGAUGCCCUAUAUUGGAGAGGGCACUUACACAGGAAGUGGCAUCAGAAAGGCCACUGAGAUCUUCCGCUCUGCUCGCCCUGGUGUGGAGAAAGUGGCUGUGGUUAUUACGGAUGGCCAGACGGAUCAUCGUGACAUGGUGAAGCUGGAAGAUGCGGUCAAAGAGGCUCAUUCAGCCAAUAUCACCAUGUUCGCUAUAGGGGUGGUGAAUCAAAGUGACCCGAUCUAUGAUGAUUUUAAGGAGGAGCUGAAGUCAAUAGCAUCUCUGCCCACUGAGGAGCAUGUGUUUUCCAUAGAAGACUUCAGAACGCUUCCUGAAGUGGAGAGUAAAUUGCUCAAACAGGUCUGUGAGAACAUUGAUGGAUCAAUAUUCAGCACUACCUCCAGCUCCAAGCCAGAUGACCUUGAAGAGUCUGGCGUGUUCCCCUACUAUGAUCCUAAAUCAGAUGACAUGGACAUUAUCGGCACCGUUACACCAUAUCUGGACAGCGAUGUCCUGAACCUCCUCCCAGAUUUCCCUUUCAAGCCUUUGGACCGGCUGAAUCAGGGCACAUACAGGACUGCCCCAACACCCAGACCAACUGACCAGUCGCUGCUCGUACAGAAUGAUUUUACUGCAGAGGAGGGGUGCCUAGAGCCUCUGGAUCCCGGUCCAUGUCGAGAGUAUGUUGUUAAAUGGUAUUUUGAUCCUAAGGCCAAUUCAUGUGCUCAGUUCUGGUUUGGAGGUUGCAAUGGCAACAAAAACCGAUUUGAUAGUGAACAGACCUGCAGAAAAUCCUGUGUGAAAAUAUGAGUCUUAUCAUUAAAGCACUAAAACUGAUGCAAAAAGAUGGGAUACUAAAAAAAGAGAGAAAGAAAUAAAGCUAAUGGACCAUUUAGUAUUUAAAAAUAUUUUAACUUUUAAUAUUUAACUAUGGACAUUUUAAAUAACUAAACUGCUCAGAAGAACUUGAACAGUUAAAUAAAUGGAUGUAUUUGCAUAUCUAAUGGCCACAAAAAGUAUUUGGCACACCUAAAAUGUCGAAUUGAGACUGCAUUAUAUAGCAAAAUAUCAAACAGCAGCUUUCAUUUUUAAGAAAUAUAGAAAACAUAGCUCAGAAAAAUUAAAAGUAGUUUGAUAUAUGUUGUCAUCUAAUGCAGUGACAUUCAGACAUUAUUUUGAGCAAACCAACAAAAAACUCUCUUCAUGGGCAAUGAACAAAUAUUCAUACAGAAAAACAAGUAAUCUGUCUUCUUCCAUCAAAUGUUCUCAUGAAUACUGGUUUUUGGUCACAUUAAACAUCUUUGUGUUUUUUAUUUUUGUCUAUUGUAUUUGUAAUGUGUAAAGUUCACUGGUGCUGUUUUGUUGAAUAGUGUUGAAUCUGUACUUGUAUCCAAAUGGUCGCAGGUGAUGUGCAAAAUACUCCAACAUGUACAUGUCUGCAGGUUUCACAUAAUGAAACGAUAUUGCAAAAUCCGCACAGCAGUCCGGGCCCUGGAAGAAGAGAAAAAUCAUUCAUUUUUAUCUUGCAGAAGUUAAACUUCAAUGUACACAAGUCCUACAGAAAUCUAUAUUUGUUUUAAAACACAUUUUAACUGUAGUGGGAAUCUUAUUAAUAUUUACAAUUACUUUAAUUUUAACAUUUUCUUUUACUAUUUUAAAACUGUAAAAAUGUAUGACUUAGCAUCAUAAUAGAGCAGUAUUGUCAUGCUCAAAGUAUAAAAGAAACAUUUGUUGUACAGUAAUUGUAACUGUAGUGACAAACUGAAAUUAUAAAGUUAAAAUGACAAAAUAUUUUGUCAAUUAUUUACAUUAAAAAAAAUCUAUGGUUUUAAUCUCAGCAAGUGUUUAUGCUACAUCUAAAAACCAAAAGGACUUUUAUUUUCUUCAAUGAGUGCAAUCUAAUGUAAAUCUGAAUGAAACAGGAUAUUCAACAAGAAAAAAUGGUGGAUAAAGCAUGUUUUCUAAUCCAAGUCUGUCUCUGUGUUUGGUAGGUUUAAACUGAAUUUAACAUUAAAUAUUCAAAAAUAUGGUAAAAA